AGGCGCUGGCCGCAGACGUGGCGGUGGGAAUCUUGCUAGAAGCCGAUCCAUCACGCCCGGCGCUGAAUGGGCCCAGCUGGCCAUUGUCUCCACGCCAGGUGCCAUAUAUGGAACUGGCAGCGCGGGCAGAGGCGCAGCAGAAACCCUUCGAUGCUUGGCUGCUGUAUGGCAAAGCAGCUGAGGUGGCCAAGGGAGCCGCGGGCGAGCUCUUCCGCCUCCGGGCGCUGGCCGCCAUGGCCUCUCACCUCGAGACUUGUGCCGUGGCAGACGCCUCCAAAGGGGUUGAGUUUGGAGAUGUCCUGAGCUACUCAAUCCUGGUGCAAUCGCUCGAGGCAGUGGGGCGUCGUUCAGAGGCAGUCGCUGCAGCAGGAGAAGGAGCCAAACUCCUGAAAGGUAGUCCUCUUGGCACCACGCUGGAGGAG